CGUUUAGAAUACAAGUUGACGUAAAUGGUUGUCUGAGAUUGACGUGUCAUCCAACCUGCCUUGAAGAAAACCGCACUAAACCAGAAAAAUCCCCAUCCAAGCCCGAGAUUCAAAACAAAUUCACUUCUUUCUCUUGUCUUUCCCUUUCGUUGAAGCUGAUUUGCUGUGUGAAGAAGAAGCCCCAUUCCUAAGAAACCCUCCCACAACCGCUUUCCCUCGCGACUUCUUAACCAUCGCCUCCUCGCAAACAUUCGUUUCCUUAUUAUUAUAGCUCUUCACUUACCCUUCUUCCUUUUCUUCUUGGGGUUGUGUCACCGAGCUAAACAUAAAAAUGGGACCUUUGAAGUGGGCUCUUCUUGGGGUUCUUCUUUCUGCUUCUCUCUUUGCAAUUGAUUCUGUCGAGCUGCGCAGGAACCAACCCACCGAAAGGAUUUCAGGUAGUGCUGGUGAUGUAUUGGAGGAUGAUCCAGUGGGAAGGUUGAAAGUUUUUGUUUAUGAACUUCCAAGUAAAUAUAAUAAGAAAAUUCUGCAAAAGGACCCGAGAUGCCUCAACCAUAUGUUUGCUGCCGAGAUCUUUAUGCACCGGUUUCUAUUAUCUAGCCCUGUCCGAACUCUUAAUCCUGAAGAAGCUGAUUGGUUUUAUACCCCUGUAUAUACUACCUGUGACUUGACACCAAAUGGUCUCCCUUUGCCCUUCAAAUCACCACGAAUGAUGAGAAGUGCCAUACAACUUAUUUCUGCAAAUUGGCCUUAUUGGAACCGGACAGAAGGGGCUGAUCAUUUCUUUGUAGUUCCUCAUGACUUUGGGGCAUGUUUUCAUUAUCAAGAAGAAAAGGCAAUUGAGAGAGGGAUUCUUCCGCUGCUACAGCGUGCAACAUUGGUCCAAACAUUUGGACAGAGGAAUCAUGUAUGCUUGAAAGAGGGCUCAAUCACCAUUCCUCCAUAUGCUCCACCACAAAAAAUGCAUACACACUUAAUUCCUGAUAAGACCCCCAGGUCCAUUUUUGUUUACUUCAGAGGACUUUUUUAUGAUGUUGGAAAUGACCCUGAAGGUGGAUACUAUGCAAGAGGUGCAAGAGCAGCAGUGUGGGAGAACUUUAAGGACAAUCCAUUAUUUGACAUUUCCACCGAGCAUCCAACCACAUACUAUGAGGACAUGCAACGAGCGGUGUUUUGUUUGUGUCCGCUUGGAUGGGCCCCUUGGAGCCCAAGAUUGGUUGAGGCUGUGAUAUUUGGUUGCAUCCCUGUUAUUAUUGCAGAUGAUAUUGUCCUGCCAUUUGCUGAUGCAAUUCCAUGGGAAGAGAUCGGGGUGUUUGUCGAUGAGGAGGAUGUCCCUAAGUUGGAUACUAUACUCACAUCCAUCCCACCAGAAGUUAUACUAAGGAAACAAAGAUUGCUUGCUAACCCUUCCAUGAAGCAAGCUAUGCUUUUCCCGCAACCUGCUCAACCGGGAGAUGCUUUCCAUCAAGUUUUGAAUGGCCUUGCCCGGAAAUUGCCACACAACAAGAAUGCGUUCUUGAAACCAGGGGAGAAGGUCUUGAAUUGGACUGCUGGACCUGUGGGUGACCUUAAACCUUGGUAGCAAUUGUAACAGUUUUCUGAGGCUAUCAGGAUAUUUUAUAUUUCUUGGUCAGUCCUCCCAAAUUGUUCAUAGGGGUUUGGUACUUGAGAUGCAUUUUCUUUUUUGACAUUGUAAAUUUUGAUGUCUUGUUGGACAAAUUAUUAGAUCAUGUAAUCCAUUUUGCAGGUUGAUUGA